GCACGGCUUCUGCCCCGCUGAUGAAAGCAGACGUCAGACUGGCCCAUGAAUAUUGAUGCGGAGGGAGUCUGCUUCAUAGACGGAACAGAAGGAAGCAAGAUGGCUGCUCUUUAGGAUUUGUUUAAGAGGAGAUCUAGACGGUUUGUUGGGAUUCUUCAAGCUGGAAGGACGCAGAGCAAGGACGCAAAGAGGGCAGCCUUGUGAAUGGACCCAGAGCAGACCAGAUGGAAACAGAAAAGACCAGCCAUGAGACGGAAAAAAGUCUGAUACUUUCACAAAUCAGUGGCACGCAGCAGACAGACCCCGUUCUCACCAAGCACCAGAAUGGAGAUCAGUCUCAGCGGUUCAAUGGGGACACUAACUGGAGCCAUUUCAAUCCAAGCAGAGUAGUCUACCCAAUGAAACGUCAACAUGAGAAUUGUUCUGGACCUGAUAGUAUACCGGGGAUAUUUGAUCAAAGCAUGUAUGAGAUGAAUGGACAGAUGAAACAUGAUCUUAAUGAACAGACAUUUUUAGAUUUUCACCAGCCUAAAAAAUUCUGCACUGAUUCAGAGGUGAAUGGAAAUGAGGACGUGAGGCUUUGGGAUAAAAGAGAUGCAGGAAUAGAGAACCGAUUGGAUGGAUUCCCCAAGCACAAUAAGCCAGGGGAUUUUGAAAUAAAACAUAAAAGAAACUGUAACUUUCCCAAUGGGGAUUUAUUCUCACUGUCAAGGAACAAGCAUGUUCCAAUGCCCAAUGGUGCUACAACAAACCCACCCUCUGUAAAAGGUACAACUGGUGACCUCUUAGAGAAAACUUUAUCUCAGUAUUACCCAGAACAUGUGUCCAUUGCACCUCAAACCAACUCAUCUCAAGAAGAUCAGGCCACCAGCAACCUGCCUGAGCAGGAAACUCCUUCACCUUCAUUUACCUCAGGUUUUCCUAUUUCCCCCCAAACAUCCACCUCCGAGCCACUUGCCAAGGCACCCCCUGAAGAACAAGGCAGCAAUGGCUACAACCCAGAAUUUAGAGUAAAUGGAUACCCCAGUUUUGUAGCCAAGCAAAAGGAGCCUGCAUAUCCUCUCUCUGACCUCCCAGAUAUGGGAACACAAUCUCCGGAGUCCACUGUGCAAUCACAGACAGGCAUUAAUGGUAGCUCGCAGAUUCAAAAAGAUAGUGUAGGCUUUCCGACUGACUCUGAGCGUUUAAGAAAGUCCAGCCAAGAUUUUAGUCUUGAAUCUUAUAUAUCGACCCCAAGAGCACCCUCACAAAACACUCAGACAGGUCAGCAGAACCUACAGAUUAAGGUACUACAGAAACAACCAGUUGAUGAAAACCUCCAUGACUUGAUGAAAACCUCCAUGCCUCAGCAACAGAUUGAGCCUAAACCCGGUCAGGAUAAGACAACAUCAAAGAGCACAGAUCGCUCAUCCCAGAUGGAAUGGAUAGAUUUAAACUCCGCUUCAGCACCUCAGCCGCCUACUGACAACCCCCAGAUGUGGGGUUUCUUCCUUCCACGGGCACAGAUGCAGCAGCAUACAGUCACACAGAGCCAAAAUCACUGUAUAAAUCCUCAGUCACUGUCCUCAAACAACUUUUACUCUCAAAAUUUCAGUAAUCGCACUUGUCCCUCGUAUGAAAAUAAAGCAAAAGACAGUUACAAAAACUCCCUACCUCCUACACAGUUCCCCCACAACUCUGGCCAAGAAUGUCAACAGAACAAUUCUGGUAUGCAUAGUUACAUGCAAUUUAACCAACACAUCUCCCAUCAAUUAUGCAAAAAUGAUCAAGACCCGAUUCAAUCCCCGAGCUUCCUCUCUCAGACUCACCAGCAGGCCACCAGCACAUUUCCCCUUCAGCUUCCUCAGGACAGGCGAAAUAUGCAAGCAGCUCCACAAUCACAAGAUGUUUCCAACAGCCAGGUAGAUGCACCACUCUUGAAAAGGCUUAAAACAGAGGGUUGCCCUGAUUCACAAUCCCAAAAGUUAUCUCUAGAUAUAGAAACACCAGCACAAACACUGUCUAGUCCAGUUAUAAGAGAAAACUCUACAUUUCCAGACUCAUCUAAAUCAAAUGUACAAUCCCUUUCUAAAGAAGCAGAAGCUCUAACCGAAAGGACACUUGAGCAGAACAUACAGUACUCUCAGAACACCAGUAAACAGCAACCUCUUCAGCACAGGGUACGCAACCAUUUGGAAGUCCCACAGUCUCCGAUUUCUCAAUCACAACUGUCACAAGUUUCAAAUAGUCUUCAGAUACCUGAUCAAACAUUUACCAAAGCUGAAUUCCAAGAACCGGAAUUCCAGAGGGAGUCUCUCCCAAGCCAAGGUGCUCAAGGAGAUUUUCACGCACUCUUGCGAAUGCACCUUCUGCAGAGGCAGGAGCAGCAAAACCCCAACUACAUCCGGCCAAUGAUGCAGGCCAUAAAAAGUGAAAACUGCUCAGGGUUAGAAACCUCUGUUCAAUUCCCACCCAUAGAAGUGCAGCAGCAAGAUCAAGACAAAACCAAAGUCCUGCCAGCGGUAGUAAAGCAGGAGCAUCCUUCUCCGUCCUGUAAACAAAGCCAGCAGAGGAGUAUUCUAGCUACCAUGGAGCAGCAGUUAAAACAGUAUCAGCUUUCAACUGUGUUUGAAAGAAAGUCUUUGGUCAUAAGGUCACCCAAUAAGGUGAAGGUGGAGAUGGCUGGGGCGGUGACUGUGCUCUCAACCAGUGCUGAGGGGAAUGUCAAGGAACAGUGCAAACCACAAAACUUCACCCCAACCAAAAAGAUUGAACCUGGGUUACAAAGCUUUCUGGAGUCACCCACGAAGAUGCUUCACACACCAAUAAAAAACUUGCUCGAUACACCUUUGAAGACGCAGUACGAUAUUCCGUCUUGUCAUUGUGUUGAGCAAAUCAGUGAAAGGGAUGAAGGCCCAUAUUAUACUCACUUGGGAUCAGCACCAAAUGUUGCAGGCAUCCGCAAAAUGAUGGAGGAAAGAUCUGGACUGACUGGAAGUGCCAUUAGGAUUGAAAAGGUUGUGUAUACAGGCAAGGAAGGCAAGAGUGGGCAGGGCUGCCCCAUUGCUAAAUGGGUAAUACGGAGGGCAAAUGUAGACGAGAAAAUCCUAGUCUUGGUACGAGAGCGGACUGGUCACUCGUGUCAGGCAUCCUGUAUAGCAGUGGUCAUCCUAGUUUGGGAAGGCAUACCAAUCCACCUGGCUGACCGUCUCUACACUGAACUCAGUGACACUCUAACAAAACAUGGUGCUCUGACCAACCGAAGAUGUGCUCUAAAUGAGGAGAGAACAUGUGCAUGUCAGGGUUUUGAAUCUGAUGCCUGUGGAGCUUCUUUCUCAUUUGGUUGCUCCUGGAGCAUGUACUAUAAUGGCUGCAAAUUCGCUAGGAGUAAAAUCCCUCGAAAGUUCAAACUACUUGGGGAUGAUCCCAAGGAGGAAGAGAAACUGGAACAAAAUCUACAGGGUCUUGCAACUUUCAUUUCCCCAGUGUAUAAAAAAAUGGCACCAGAUGCUUACGCAAAUCAGGUGGAGCAUGAACAUAGAGCUCCCGAUUGCCGUCUGGGUCUAAAAGAAGGACGUCCAUUUUCUGGAGUGACAGCCUGCCUAGACUUUUGUGCCCACGCCCACAGAGACCUUCAAAACAUGCACGGUGGCAGUACAGUGGUUUGCACACUAACACGAGAGGACAAUCGUGAGAUUGGGAAAAUUCCUGAGGAUGAGCAGCUACACGUGCUUCCCUUAUACAAGCCCUCAUCCACUGAUGAGUUUGGCAGUGCUGAGGCUCAGCUGGAGAAGACCAGGACUGGUGCCAUUCAGGUGCUCAGUGCAUUUCGUAGACAGGUGCGUACAUUACCAGAGCCUGCCAAGUCUUGUCGGCAGAAGAAGCUGGAUGCCAAGAGAGCUGCAGCUAACAAACCAAACAACCCCAAUACAUCCAAUGCCAAAAUGGACAACGCUCAGCAAGCAAAGCAGAAACAGGUCCCUCAUGAGAACCCAGGCCAGAACACAACUCCAACAGGCCCAGGUAACAUGAAAACAAACCAGGACUCCGUGCAUCUCCCACACGCUCAUGCUGCCCAUCAGCCUCAGCAUCAGCACCAUCAAACACAACCUAAUCCUAAUCCCUACACUGUCCCACCAUUUCCGAAAUUCUCAACUGCAUCAGGAACCUUCUCAAACACUUCUAAACCAGCAACCCCACAUUCUCAAACCACUUCUUCUGCCGGUCCUUAUCCCUCUGCUUUACAUGCACCCAACUCUUACAUUAAUGUUUCUAACGCACCCACCCCAUAUCCCAGGUCUCUUACGCCCAACCCUCUCUACAGUGGUUACCAAUGCAAUGGAGGACUCCCCGUGGACAACUACCACCCUUACUACUCUUCCAAUCUAAAGCAUCCAAGUAUGUAUCAUCCCCAAAGAAAUUCACUGUACUCUGAGCAGCAGUACAAUGCACCUCAACAUUACGGGGUCAACUACCCACCUCAUUAUGGAGAGCCUAGCUUGCCAGCCAAUGGUUAUGACACCUGUAACAUGAAACCUGGCAUGCACUCUUUGGGACAUUACCCAGGUUAUGGUGCUAACAUGCCACCCAAUGCCUUCUCAAGGCAUCCUUCAGCCCAUCUUCAAUUGGACUCUGCAGCCAUCGGCAGAAACACCCAGUUUGAAGCUUACCCCAAACAUCACAUGUCCCAGAAUCCUCAGAUGUUUCCCCCAAACAUAAAUAACUUAAAUAUGCCAAGAAAUAAAGAUUUCGAAAUAAACAUGCAUGGAGUAAAUGGGAUCUCUCAGGUGUUUCCUCCAAUGGGUACUGAAUCCUUCAACCCCAACCAACCUCCAGAAUUGAGGCUUUCCAAUGACAAUGCCCUUAACCCUGUAGUCAAACAGGAACCGCUUACCCAGACUUCAGAGCAAAAAGAAAAGGAGGAGGUGUGGUCUGACAGCGAGCACAACUUCCUUGACCCUGAAAUUGGAGGUGUGGCAGUGGCACCUACUCACGGGUCAAUCAUUAUUGAGUGUGCGAAGCGGGAGCUCCAUGCAACUACACCUCUCAAGAAACCUGACCGCAACCAUCCCACCCGCAUCUCCUUAGUGUUUUACCAGCACAAGAACUUGAACGAGGCAAAACAUGGACUGACUCUGUGGGAAGCAAAGAUGGCAGAGAAGGCCAGAGAGAAAGAGGAGGAUGCUGAGAAGCACGGUGCUGAAAACCCGUCGAACAAGAGCAGUGGAAAGAAGGUGAAACGAGAACAUUCAGAACCUUCAGAGCCUCCAUAUAAGCAGUUCCUCCUCAUGCUCACUGAGCGGUCAAUGUCCUGUACUACCAAUUCAUAUGUGAGCACAUCUCCUUAUGCCUUUACCAAGGUAACUGGGCCUUACAAUCAUUUCCUGUGAAAACCUGCGUAGGUCCAUAGCACUCACAAACACAAGAAUAAGAGGGGCAUAAGAAAAAUCAAAUGGUGCUACAAUAUAGAGUUGCAGACCUCGGUGCCACUGGUCAGAUGAUGUGUAGUGCUUGCUCAGUCUGUGUGAGGUUAUUAACAGCUACUGUAUGGAAAGGCAGAUCAUUAGUGGGUUUUUCAUGCUCUUAAGAAGUCAAACUUGACUGUUUGGUCAAUUGGAAAUAUUUAUUUAUUAUUGAAUUACUCUCUUAUGACAACACACUGUUCUUCAUCAAUGGUGCUCACAGUCCGGCAAACCUGGACAAAUCACUGGAACGAAAUAUUCAUAUUUGGUGACUUUGGUGGCUAAUCACUUUUUAUGGUGCUAGGGAGUGUUGUAAAUGCAAAUGUGUUUUCACAUGCCUUUCUUUAACAACACACACACACAAAACACAUUGCAUGAUAUUUGAAAGUAAUACGCAGUUAUUUUGAUUGCGCAAUUAAGAAAGCAUUUAGCUUAGUGUUUUAGAAGCACUUUUUAUAAUAGUGAGGGUAUUACUUUCCACCCUCUGAUCAGAAAGACAGUUCAUUACACCUCAUCCAUUGUGAUUUCACGAUGUGGAAAACAAUAACUAUGAACUCCAUUAUUUAACAGCCUUUUAAAGAAUUUCUCUGGUGCCAUCAGAAUUUCAGAAAUCCUUUAUUCUUACUGUAUUGUGAGCAAUUGAGGGUCAACUUUGUAAAAGUAAUGUUCUGAUUCACACACAAAAAAGUGAGAUCUCAGAACACUGAAUACUGAUACUUGGAGUCAAGAACAGGUCAACAUUGGGUCCUCAUGCAUCAAGGAACAUAUAAGAGGGUUAUCUUUACAUCAGUGUCACUGUUUCAAUGGCAGCUGGCUUGACUUGCUGUGGCGGUUUUUACAUAAUGCAACUUUAGCUGUAUUAAAAUGUUGAGAUUUGUACAGUAAAUUAUUCUUUUUUUUUCCCGAAUGUAUGCUUAGAUAAUAGCUUAGUAAAGAAGAGUACUAUUUCUUUGGGUUUGAACUUAUCUUAUUUCAAAUGGUGCUACUUGACCUGCUAUACAUGUAAUGUGAGUAUCUCUAAGGGUGUUGAGAAGGCUUAUGAAUGACGUAGAAAAACCUACUUAUCAUAUACCUCAGAUCUAGUUUGGCAAUAGAAUUAUAAUACCAAGGUGUUUCUGUUUUUAUUUCUAAACACUCUGUAGCAAAUAUAACACAGACCUUAAGGCCAUCAUUGAUGAAAAGUUCAUUUCUUACUUUCUUCACAUUUGAAAGUAUUUCUUGAACUUCAAGUUUCAAUGGAAUUGCAAAAUCAGGGAUUUAUAUAUCAGAUCAUUUCUAUCACUUGUGUCCAUGGUAUCGUCUCUAAAUCAGGUCUGAGCCUUUGCAUUUUAAGUCCUUAUAAAUUACUUGUAUAUACCACAAUCAUUUCUAACUUUGUCUAAGUAAAAUAAUCUGUUUAGUUGAAGCAGAAUGCUGAUAAUCUUUGAACAUUUUAACAUGCACUGAUUUAAUUAAUAAGGGAAAGUGUCAUGUCAUACAAAACAAUGCAUUUGCUAUUUACUGAAAGGUUAGACUAAGUCAGUUAAAAUAUCAUGUGCAUUUAGUUGCAUAUGUAGAGGCUAAAUGUAUUUACGACCACUAAACAUGGGAUAGCCUCUUACACAACCCCUGUCCAAGUAAUUAAAUUAGUCAUUUGAUAAGUAAUUAACUCAUUCCACUCUGACAUAAAAUAAAGCACUUCAGUUUUCUUUUUUCAUACAAAAAAAAAAAGAUGUACAUUCAACAUAGGUAGAUUAUUGUAUGUUUUAAAUAGAUUAUGCCAUAUUGUAUAUACCAUAUGCUUGCAUUGCAGAAGUCUUUAAGUCCAUGUUAUGUACAAAGUUUAUUUUACAUGUUUGUUACCAUCACUCCAAACAUAUAAUAAUCAAUAAUUUUCCCGCUAAAAUCUUUUGUCUUGUUGGUAUUCCGGUGACCCAAGUUUUUAAUUUAUUUUUUUUGGAAUACAAGCAAAGUUUCGUUUUUGUCCUCUCUUAGAAAUCACUUUGAUGUUCUCACUAGUUAUGAAAGAGGCUUCCAAUGUCGUAGUUUAAAGUAAAUGUUAAGUUUGAGUGUACAGGAUCCAGCUUGAGUAGCAGAUUGUGUAUGAAGCCGGAGAAAGGAGUGGUUAAAACUUAGCGAUUGACGAUAAUAGCCAUACUUGAAGAUGCUUCGGAGUGUUUCUGAGUGGAGUCAACUUUACUUGAAUGACUUUCUGACUUCUACUAACAAACUGGGGUGUACAACUUUUACAUUAAGCUAGCUCUUUAUGUACUCCUGUUGGUAUUCUGCCAUUAGACACUAACGGUUUCAAUGUGCUAUUUUCUGCCCUUUUUUUAUUGCUUCCCCUUCUCCCUUAAGGUUUGUAAUGCUUAAAACUUUGAAUUAAUGAUAGCUUUGAAUACUGUAAGUAUUGUAAUGUACUGAAGAACUGUAUGCAGUUUAUUUGAAAGCUAUUUGUUAAGAUUUGUUAUCAUUCCUGAUAUUGCCGAAAUGUGGGUUUUUUAAUAAAAUGUAUAUUUAUUUCAAGCAUUUACUGUAAAUUGUGCAAUUUCUUUAAUGAAUAAACAGUUAAACAUA